ACACCUAAGAAAACCCAGACACCUAAGAAAACCCAGACACCUAAGAAAACCCAGACACCUAAGAAAACCCAGACACCUAAGAAAACCCAGACACCUAAGAAAACCCAGACACCUAAGAAAACCCAGACACCUAAGAAAACCCAGACACCUAAGAAAACCCAGACACCUAAGAAAACCCAGACACCUAAGAAAACCCAGACACCUAAGAAAACCCAGACACCUAAGAAAACCCAGACACCUAAGAAAACCCAGACACCUAAGAAAACCCAGACACCUAAGAAAACCCAGACACCUAAGAAAACCCAGACACCUAAGAAAACCCAGACACCUAAGAAAACCCAGACACCUAAGAAAACCCAGACACCUAAGAAAACCCAGACACCUAAGAAAACCCAGACACCUAAGAAAACCCAGACACCUAAGAAAACCCAGACACCUAAGAAAAGAGGCAGUGUCAAAAUGCCUCGUGUACCAUCAAUAUCACAAUGCUUUGGAGAGCUUUUGACAGGCCACGAGGAACAUCAAGCUUCGCUAAACUCGGUCUGGCGAUGA